CGGCCGUGAUGACGCUAAGAGGCGCGUGGACGCACGCGAACAUCCGAGGAAUGCGAGACCGUCUCCCGUGGACCAAAACGCAGGCUGUUCCUGGGCGAGCGAGGUGAAGUGAUGGCAGAUCCGGCAGGCAGAGCGCAUGAGUGCACCACGUCCACUGCUGCGUGAAAACCACUGGAGAGCAAAGUGUGGAGACCAAGAAUGGAUUUUGCCAACUGCACCGAGGGCGUGUUCGCGACAAGCAGCGGCGGUUUCGAAACAGCGGAUACCGCCAAGCAACCUCCCAAGAAGAUCCUUCUCUCAGUCACGCUCUCCGUCCUGGCCGUGGUCACCACGUUCCUCAACUGCUUGGUGAUCACCGCCAUCGCCGUCACGCGCAAGCUGCAUCACCCGGCCAACUACCUCAUCUGCUCCUUGGCGGUGACGGACCUCCUGGUGGCCGUGCUGGUCAUGCCUUUCAGCAUCGUCUACAUUCAGAAGGAAAGCUGGCUGAUGGGCCAGGCACUGUGCACCCUCUGGUUGAGCGUGGACAUCACAUGCUGCACCUGCUCCAUCCUCCACUUGGCCGCCAUUGCCAUCGACCGCUACCGGGCCAUCACCGACGCAGUGGAGUACUCGCGCAAACGCACGGGGGCCCGAGCGGGGGCCAUGGUGGCGGUGGUGUGGCUCUUGUCCAUCCUCAUCUCGCUUCCUCCUCUCCUGUGGCGUCACUACAGCGGUGAUGCAGAUGAGAAGGACCAGUGCAUCAUCCUGCACCAUCACAUGGCCUUCACCCUCUACUCCACCCUCGGGGCCUUCUACAUCCCACUGCUGCUCAUCCUCAUCCUCUACUAUAAGAUCUACCGGGCGGCUCAAACUCUGUACAUGCGCCGGGAGGCCAGCAGGGCGAGCCGCCAGUCCUGCAUGACCAACGGCAGCAUGAUCCCGUCAUCCUAUCCCGGCGAAGAUAAGGACAGAGGGCCUCGGAGCCCGGAGCUGGUCAGCCCGCGAGAUAAAUCUUUCUCCGACCCUUCCACCGAGGAGCCCCCACGCGAACGGGCACGUAUUUCGGUGAAGAAGUUCCACUGCAAGUCUCGCCGGCACGAAUCUCGCAGUGAGUCACGGCGGAGCCAGCUCUCCCAAGGACCGCGGAUCUCGGGCUCGCGGGAACGCAAGGCCGCCUCCACGCUGGGCUUGAUCAUCGGCGCUUUUGUCAUCUGCUGGUUGCCCUUUUUCGUCAAGGAGGUGAUCGUCAACACGUGCGGCUCGUGCAGCACGUCGGUGGAGACGGCGGACUUCCUCACGUGGCUGGGCUACCUCAACUCGCUCAUCAACCCGCUCAUCUACACCAUCUUUAACGAGGACUUCAAGAAGGCUUUCCAGAGACUUGUUCGAUGCAGCAGUUACCUCUGACCGCUGACCGCUUGGUACGAAUUAGUGAUCGGAGCAAAGGAAAGAGUCGGACUUGCCUGAAAGGGAGGAAAAAUAACAUCUCCCGAGUGGAAAAUGGGAGACACGUUUUCAGAGGCACUCGACGAGGCACUUGAGUCUCUUUACUACAGCAGCAGAGAAAUGUCCACUUUGCAUUUCCUGUUAUGAUUACCCGAGCCUGAGAGCUCAUUGGGGGUCUCUCAAGAUGGACCAUUGUUUACCUUUUCCAUGCCCGGUUUUUGAGCGGUGGUCGUCCUUUUAGAGAUCAGAAAUAUUUCCCCCAUUUUGUCCGAGUGGCUGACGGGAACAAAGAAUGUCAAAAAUGUGUAGCGGGAUGUUUAUCUAAAGCAGGGAUGUCCAAAGUUCGGCCCAUGUUUUAUUGGCCCCACCCACAUUUGCAAAACACGUCCCAGAUUACAACUUUCCAUCCAUCCAUCCAUCCAUCUUCUUCCGCUUAUCCGAGGUCGGGUCGCGGGGGCAGCAGCCUAAGCAGGGAAGCCCAGACUUCCCUCUCCCCAGCCACUUCGUCUAGCUCUUCCCGGGGGAUCCCGAGGCGUU